AGCUUUUAAAACAAAUCCAACUCAAAAUCAGACCACUUGGCUCACUAGCUGUACCCCAAUACUCAAAGGUGAUGUCUCAUCUUACGUGGGGACCAGCAGCUCUGCAAAGCCCAGGAGGCCCAGCGUGUAGAGCGGGCUGUGCUGCUGGAAGCCGUCCAGGGCCUGGAGAUUGAGUUGUCUGUGUGCCAGCAGAGACAGAAGGACCUGCAGGAAACUUUCUCCACAGCCCAGAGCCACUGGAGGGCCCAAGAGGAGCGGCUGCACCAUGAAGGUAACAAUGGCACUCAUCUUCAUCUAAAAUGUGUGUUUUAUCAUUUGGUGCAAUGUUUCCCAAUCUGUUUCUUGGGGAAGAUCCUAGCAUUUGCUGCAAAAAGGCCUGUUUCAGCAGUGCGUGUGUAUGUGGUGUGUGUGUGUGUAUGUGUAGUGUCCUCCCUUACCUGUUUGUUGGGAGACCACAGGCAGAUGACCGACAGUUUGAUUGAGAGAGUCAAAACCGAGCAGAAGAAAGCAGCCAAUCAGUUUGCAGAGCGGGGCACGGAAAAGCCGGGCAAACAAGAUGAGAUGGUUGCUGAUGCUGCUGAAGGCAUGGGCUACAAUCAGAGCAGGCCCCGGCUGCAGCGCACCAUGAAGCUCCACUCCGACCUGCACCAGGCCUUAGAGGGCCUCCAGCUGCAGACAACAGCAUCACCCUCCCCAUUAUUAGACCCCAUGAGCUCCUACCAGGUCUCAGUCCAGCAGCUUCAGGAGGAGCUUCAGAGAGAGAAGGACCAAGUAUCGAGGCUGGUGGAGCGUCUGGAGAGGGCCGAGCAGAAGUCAGAGGAGCUGAGGCAGCAGCAGGAGCAAGACGCCAAGGAAAGCUGGAACACUGUCCACCAAGAGAUGGAGACCAACCAGGAGAUGGGCGGCAUGGUGGAGCAGAUGAGGGGGAAGGUGCAGGAGUUUAGCACCAUACUGCGACGCAAGAUAAGCUGGGGUGGAUGGGCUGGGAUGAAGGAUGAGGAGGAAGAAGAAGAGGAGAGGAAGCCUGCAAACGCCCUUAACUCAGAGUGCGUAAACCAGUGUCAGGCAAUGCACCCAGAUCCACAAAUGCUAAAACAGGCCCAAAGGAACCCAGAACUAGAACCAGAGAAGGGAGCCCAGGACCAGCACUCCUGCCUAGAGACGUUGCUGUGGAGGUGGCAGAAGACGCUGGGGGGACAGAGGGACAUUGUGAAGAGGCUGAAGGCCGACAUGAAGAGGGAGACAGAGAGCAUGCAGGUGAUGGCCGCCGGCCUCUUGAACAACAGACAGCACAGCCUGGACACAUGCCAAGUUCAAGCCCUUGAAGAGCACCUGGAGAUCUGGAGGCGGAGGCAGAGAGAGAUGAAAAUGCAGCUAUCUGAGAUGCAGGCCCAGUUUGACGUGGAGCGGAACCGCUCUGCCGAGUUUCUGAAAGAGAAUGACAAGCUGAGUAGACUGCUUUGCACGGUGGAGUCCUCGGUGGCUGACCUGCAGCCCCUGCUCACCUACCACCAGGUCCUAGUAGAGGACGCCAUGAAGGACAACUCUAUCCAACAUGGCCGCCACAGGAGCAAGAUGUAAAAAUAACUCUUAAAGACUGAUGAAUAAAAGUUGACAAUAUA